AUUAGGUAAAGUAUAUGCAUACAUAUAGUGAGUGAUACACACAGCCUAAUGUAUUUGAUGUGCUUCAUAGAAGAGUGGAAAACUGGAUUUGCACAAAUUUGUGAUACAUAUCACUCUUUUGUUGUCACUAAUCUCACUAUACUUGCAUAAUAAUAACAUCAAUAAAUUUAUUAGCAAAUCCAUUGUUUUUUGUUUCCUACGUUUAUAAUAUUCUCUUAUAUAUACAAGUAAGUGAACACUCUUAAACAGUUUAACCCUAAAUAAUACAGCUUCACGGUGGAUUUAACUUCUAAAGAAGAAGCUUCGCUCUCUGUUCUUCUUCCGCGACGCGUUUCUUCUAUCUCUCGCAAUCUCCUAAGAGAGCUUGAAUACUUCCAGAAUCGGCUCUAAUUUGAAGCAAUUUUGAGUUUCAAGUCGAAAGCUAAUGAGUCACUGAGUGUAAAAAUCCGAUCUUUCGUCUGUGCUUUCAUUUGAAAUGUCGACGAAUGAUGAGGAAAAUGGAACUGUAAUCGAGGUUAAGAAUGUUCCAGAACCAAGCCCAGAGACUUGGUAUAGUGUUUUUCUUCGUCAAGCUUCUGUCUAUGGUGUAGCUGCUGGUUACUGUCUCUCAGCUUCUCUUCUCUCAAUCAUCAACAAAUGGGCAAUCAUGAAGUUUCCUUACCCCGGCGCAUUGACCGCGAUGCAGUACUUUACAAGUGCAGCUGGUGUCUUGCUUUGUGCUCAGAUGAAGCUAAUUGAGCAUGAUUCGCUUAAUCUAUUGACCAUGUGGCGGUUUCUUCCCGCAGCUAUGAUAUUCUACUUGUCUCUGUUUACCAACAGUGAGCUUCUCCUCCACGCCAAUGUCGAUACUUUCAUCGUGUUUCGCUCUGCUGUUCCGAUUUUCGUUGCCAUUGGGGAAACGCUUUUCUUGCAUCAGCCAUGGCCAUCUGUUAAAACGUGGGGAUCUUUGGCUACUAUAUUUGGUGGAAGUUUGCUUUACGUUUUCACGGAUUAUCAGUUUACAAUCGCAGCUUAUAGCUGGGCUCUUGCGUAUCUGGUGAGUAUGACUAUAGACUUUGUUUACAUCAAGCAUGUGGUUAUGACGAUUGGCUUGAACACUUGGGGACUUGUUCUCUACAAUAACCUUGAGGCUCUGCUUUUGUUUCCCCUUGAGCUGCUUAUAAUGGGAGAGUUAAAGAAGAUAAAGCAUGAAAUCACUGACGAGACUGAUUGGUACUCGUUGCAAGUGGUUUUACCCGUGGGUUUAUCGUGUCUUUUUGGCUUGGCUAUCUCUUUCUUCGGGUUCUCAUGUCGUCGGGCCAUUUCUGCAACGGGGUUCACCGUUCUUGGAAUUGUGAACAAGCUGUUGACAGUGGUGAUCAAUUUGAUGGUGUGGGAUAAACAUUCAACGUUUGUUGGAACCUUGGGGCUCUUGGUUUGUAUGUUUGGUGGAGUCAUGUAUCAACAGUCUACCAUCAAGAAACCGAAUGCUACACAAGAAGCUAAACCGCAAGAGCAAGACGAGGAACAAGAGAAACUUCUUGAAAUGCAGGAGAACAAGGAGAGUAACAGCGUCGAUAUAAAGGAAACUCUGAAAUCAGAAGAGAAACUAUGAUCAUAGUGGUUGGAGCUUACAGUGGCUGGAGUUUCUUCGGUACUGAUACGAUUUAGUUUCCAAGUAUAGAACUACAUUGUACUUAGUGGUUAUGAAAUUCUUUUGUAUUUAGAGGUAAGAGUACUUCGUUCCUGAUCCAGUAGUUGAACAAUAUCGAUUUCUUCUUUACAUUUUGAUGUGUUUGGAUAUUUUUCUUGUACCCGAUUCAGAUUUAUAUGCGAAUGAAGAAUUCUUAUGUGUUUCCUCUUUGUGUUGAGAUCUGUUACCAGGUAAAAGUUAAGGAAGUUCAAAAAAAUAUUUGUUUGAG